CUCGACUUCUUUCGAGAUUUUGAUCCAUCAAUAGAUUUGUUUAUGUUCCACAAUUCUCAGUCCAUCAGCAGUAUAAUGGAAGAUGCGACUUCAUCUCCAGUCCAGACCAACCACUAUGCGAAUUGUCUGUCUCCAUCCUCGAAUGCCCCUUCUCCGUUACUGCAGCAGCAGUACCGGGACUACUAUCAGGAUGACAUGCUCCCAGCAGCCCACGUGAUCCCGCAAGUCGCACCAAAGGCUCACCAGGAGAUGUGGCCGGGUGUACCCACUCCUGACAGCUAUGACUACAGGCACUAUGAUGGAAGCAGGUAA